GCGGCCAGCCGAGGCGGGAACACAUUUCCUUCAGGUUUUUCUCUCUUACUUACAAUCGUUUUACUCUAAGAAUUUAAUCAAGGAUAUGGGGCUAGACAAAAUGUAUUGGGAUGAUUCCAUGAUUGUCAAAGCCAUGGAUGAAGCUAUGUGGAAGUAUAAGAUAAUGCAUGGACAUGAAGUCCCCCGUGUUUCAUCCGAGGGAGGAGGAGUUGUUAAUGGUUGCGGCAAGAGCGACGAACUGAAAAGGAGUGUAGAUGAAGAGAGCUAUAUUGGAGAAAACAAUGUUGAGUUUGGAGUCGAAGAGACUACAAGUACCUUAGAAGCUAAGGAAAACAUCGGUGUAGAACCAUCUAUGGCUUGUACAGAUUUUUCAGAUGCUCUACAUGUGGAAGUGGAAGAGACACAAGAAGAGCCCGUUGAGGACUCCAAUUUAAAUUUAAAAGGUGAAGAGUAUAACCGUCUACUCAAGCAGUAUUAUGAGCUUGAAGAGAAGAGACAGAAGAUUCUAGAACAGCUUUAUCAAUGUGGUGCUGGUGGUUGGAACUACCAGAAUGUCAAUGCAGGUUCUAACGUUGGAACUCAAUGGGGAGCAUAUGCUGCUAAUCAAGAACACCCAGUCUCUGCAAGCCAGCCUUCUUACUACCCAGCAAUGCCCUCCUAUUUGCCCACUAGUUAUCCAAUUGUUGUUGGUCCUCAAAGUACGUCCCUUGAUGAUGGUGACAUUAUCAAAACUGCAAUGGAUUCUGCAACAAGAGCCAUAUCUUCUUCCAUGGAGACUGUAAAUAAAGGGAAAGAGAGUGAUAGGGAUGAUGGGAUAAUGCGUCGAAGUGGUGAUAGCUCUCAAACAGACCUUGCUACUGUUUUAAAUGCUUGGUAUUCUGCAGGCUUCCACACUGGCAACAAUCAACUCCCAUUGCUAUGCCGAAAUGCAAGGCCUUAAUUUCUCAAAACUGGAUCUGUUGUUGCAGAUACCUUAUGGAGCAAUCUCAUGCCAAGAACUAGUGAAAACCAUGUUUCCUCAUUCUUGCUUAGCUCGUGUUACCAAUUUUUCCCGCUUUUCACAUUCAUGAUAUAUGUGUGGCUAUGCUACAACUCUAUAAAUCUCCUUUCACCGAACUUUGCUUGUACAAAGGAAAGCCUAACUUUUGUCUAAAUGAGUUUGAAUUUUGCAGUAUUUUUA